GGUAGGAGGGGGUUUCCGCUUCCGGCUGCAGCGGCUGCAGCCUCGCUCUGGUCCCUGCGGCUGGCGGCCGAGCCGUGUGUCUCCUCCUCCACCGCCGCCAUAUUGUCUGUGUGAGCAGAGGGGAGAGCGGCCACCGCCGCUGCCGCUUCCACCACAGCUCUAUCAAGGCUUGUCAAGCAGUGUGCUCAUCACAUGGUAAAUCAUGCAGCCUGGAACCUCAUAAAAUCUCCAAGAAACAUCAUUCACCCAUACUGACUAGUUUCACAUCUCUUUGUUUGAAGAAAACAGGUCUGAAACAAGGUCUUACCCCCAGCUGCUUCUGAACACAGUGACUGCCAGAUCUCCAAACAUCAAGUCCAGCUUUGUCCGCCAACCUGUCUGACAUGUCGGGACCCGUGCCAAGCAGGGCCAGAGUUUACACAGAUGUUAAUACACACAGACCUCGAGAAUACUGGGAUUACGAGUCACAUGUGGUGGAAUGGGGAAAUCAAGAUGACUACCAGCUGGUUCGAAAAUUAGGCCGAGGUAAAUACAGUGAAGUAUUUGAAGCCAUCAACAUCACAAAUAAUGAAAAAGUUGUUGUUAAAAUUCUCAAGCCAGUAAAAAAGAAGAAAAUUAAGCGUGAAAUAAAGAUUUUGGAGAAUUUGAGAGGAGGUCCCAACAUCAUCACACUGGCAGACAUUGUAAAAGACCCUGUGUCACGAACCCCCGCCUUGGUUUUUGAACACGUAAACAACACAGACUUCAAGCAAUUGUACCAGACGUUAACAGACUAUGAUAUUCGAUUUUACAUGUAUGAGAUUCUGAAGGCCCUGGAUUAUUGUCACAGCAUGGGAAUUAUGCACAGAGAUGUCAAGCCCCAUAAUGUCAUGAUUGAUCAUGAGCACAGAAAGCUACGACUAAUAGACUGGGGUUUGGCUGAGUUUUAUCAUCCUGGCCAAGAAUAUAAUGUCCGAGUUGCUUCCCGAUACUUCAAAGGUCCUGAGCUACUUGUAGACUAUCAGAUGUAUGAUUAUAGUUUGGAUAUGUGGAGUUUGGGUUGUAUGCUGGCAAGUAUGAUCUUUCGGAAGGAGCCAUUUUUCCAUGGACAUGACAAUUAUGAUCAGUUGGUGAGGAUAGCCAAGGUUCUGGGGACAGAAGAUUUAUAUGACUAUAUUGACAAAUACAACAUUGAAUUAGAUCCACGUUUCAAUGAUAUCUUGGGCAGACACUCUCGAAAGCGAUGGGAACGCUUUGUCCACAGCGAAAAUCAGCACCUUGUCAGCCCUGAGGCCUUGGAUUUCCUAGACAAACUGCUGCGAUAUGACCACCAGUCACGGCUUACUGCAAGAGAGGCCAUGGAGCACCCCUAUUUCUACACUGUUGUGAAGGACCAGGCUCGAAUGGGUUCAUCUAGCAUGCCAGGGGGCAGUACGCCCGUCAGCAGCGCCAAUAUGAUGUCAGGGAUUUCUUCAGUGCCAACCCCUUCACCCCUUGGACCUCUGGCAGGCUCACCAGUGAUUGCUGCUGCCAACCCCCUUGGGAUGCCUGUUCCAGCUGCCGCUGGCGCUCAGCAGUAACGGCCCUAUCUGUCUCCUGAUGCCUGAGCAGAGGUGGGGGAGUCCACCCUCUCCUUGAUGCAGCUUGCGCCUGGCGGGGAGGGGUGAAACACUUCUGAAGCACCGUGUCUGAACCGUUGCUUGUGGAUUUAUAGUAGUUCAGUCAUAAAAAAAAAUUAUAAUAGGCUGAUUUUCUUUUUUCUUUUUUCUUUUUUUUUUUUUUUUAACUCGAACUUUUCAUAACUCAGGGGAUUCCCUGAAAAAUUACCUGCAGGUGGAAUAUUUCAUGGACAAAUUUUUUUUUCUCCCCUCCCAAAUUUAGUUCCUCAUCACAAAAGAACAAAGAUAAACCAGCCUCAAUCCCGGCUGCUGCAUUUAGGUGGAGAUUUCUUCCCAUUCCCACCAUUGUUCCUCCACCGUCCCACACUUUAGGGGGUUGGUAUCUCGUGCUCUUCUCCAGAGAUUACAAAAAUGUAGCUUCUCAGGGGAGGCAGGAAGAAAGGCAGGAAGGAAAGAAGGAAGGGAGGACCCAAUCUGUAGGAGCAGUGGACUGCCUGCUGGUCACUUACAUCACUUUACUCCAUAAGCGCUUCAGUGGGGUUAUCCUAGUGGCUCUUGUGGAAGUGUGUCUUAGUUACAUCGAGAUGUUGAAAAUCUACCCAAAAUGCAGACAGAUACUAAAAACUUCUGUUCAUUAAGAAUCAUGGCUUACUGACCUAACCCUAAAUCCAACUCAUUUAUAAUUUUAGUUUUAGUUCAGUUGAAAAUGUUGAUACCUUCCCUCCCAGGCUCCUUACCUUGGCCUUUUCCCUGUUCAUCUCCCAACAUGCUGUGCUCCAUAGCUGGUAGGAGGGGAAAGGCAAAAUCUUUCUCGGUUUUCUUUGUCUUGGCCAUUUUGAAUUCAUUUAGUUACUGGGCAUAACUUACUGCUUUUGGCAAAAGAAACAAACAUUGUCUGUACAGGUUUCAUGCUAGAGCUAAUGGGAGAUGUGGCCACACUGAGUUCCAUUUUAAGCUUUCUACCUUCUUUUCCGCCGACCUUCCCCUUCCCUCACAUGCCAUCCAGUGAGAAGACCUGCUCCUCAGUCUUGUAAAUGUAUCUUGAGAGGUAGGAGCAGAGCCACUAUCUCCAUUGAAGCUGAAAUGGUAGACCUGUAAUUGUGGGAAAACUAUAAACUCUCUUGUUACAGCCCUGCCACCCCUUGCUGUGUGUAUAUAUAUAAUACUUUGUCCUUCAUAUGUGAAAGAUCCAGUGUUGGAAUUCUUUGGUGUAAAUAAACGUUUGGUUUUAUUUAUCAA